AUGUCGCGUGAUUUUAUCGGUAGUAAAAUAGCAAUUAUUACAAAAUCUCAAUGUCGAUACGUUGGAACAAUUAUUGGAAUUGAUUCACAAACAUCAUCGAUAGUUCUUGGCAAUGUCAGAUGUUUCGGUAUUGAAAAUCGUUCAGGACAUUUAACAAAUGGUCAUAAACCUGGCACCAUAUUGCCAAUCAUGCAAUUUGCAAAUAGCGAUAUUGAAGAUUUAAAAAUUGUUGAUGAAGAACAACAAACACCAGGAACUCCACAACAACCAUCAUUUUCAAUGCCUGUUGCAUCGUCACCAUCAUCUCAACAAGCUUCAAUUCAUGAUGAUCCUGCUAUUGUAUCAGCUGUUAUGAGUUCAUCGAAUAAGGUCGAUACAUCAAAUUCAUCAAUUUCGAAUCGAUUAAUACAUAAUCUUCAGCAUAUGACAUUAUCUGAUGAACAAUCGAAAUCUUUAUCAAAACAUGAAGAAUCUCGUCAUCGUUCCAAUUCAGGUGAAUUAGGUGCAUCAUGGUCUUUAUUAUCUCCAUCAAAAUGGGAACAUAAUAAUAAUAAUAAUAACACCAAUAACUUUAAAACAUCAUCUCAACAACAUUCAGAUAACAAAAGUAAAUUUUUUGAUGAUUUCAUAUCGAAUAAUACUAAUAAUACAAAUCAAUAUCAAUCGAAUCGUUCCCAUCAACGUUCAUCGCACAACACAAAUUCAACUCAAACAUCACGUGAAAAUGGAAAUCAUUAUAAUGGUGGACAAUAUGAAGAUAAUGGAUUACCAGUUCGACAACCAUUUUUUUCCAAUGAUCGUACUUAUCCUCAAAAACAACAACAACAACAACAUCAACAACUACAACCAGAUCGUUACCGAAAUGGUCAUAAUCAAUAUCAAAAUCAACAUCAACAACAAUAUCAACAACGUUCCUUUUAUAAUAAUCGUCGUCCACCAAUGUCCCAUCAACAACGACGUGGCGGUGGUGGUGGUAUGGGAAAUCGUGAAACAUUUCAAAACAAUCCUGAUGAUUAUGAUGAUGAUUUUGAUUUUGAAACAAGCAAUCUUAAAUUUAAUAAAUUAACAAGUGAAGAUGAAUUUAAACAUCAAGCCGAUGUACCAUUACAAACUCAAGAUGAUAUUGAUUCACCAACUGACUAUCCACUUUUAUAUGAUAAAAAGAAAUCUUUUUUUGAUAAUCUUGCUAUUACAGAUCCGUCAGAUAAUACAUCAGCACCACAUAUGUAUAACCGAUCAAAAAAUACCGAUACAUUUGGUAAUGAUGGUUACCAACGUCAAAAUAACCGAUAUAAUGGAAAUGGAUAUCGAGGAUCGAAUAAUAAUAAUAAUAAUAAUAACUAUUAUCGACAACAACGACGUGGAAAUGAUGAUUUUAAUUACAGACAACAAAAUAGCAACAAUAAUAAUGGAUAUCAUUAUCGUUAUUAA